AUGUCGGAAUCUUUGGACGAGGCGGCAUGCCGCGACGACAACAAUAACGACAGCAACAGUCACGACAAGAACAAGAAGACCGGGACGGAAGAGGGAAAACGAGAAGAGAAAUACAGUCUCCGUCCUCGUUCCACGUUGACGAUGAGGAUCACGGCGUCGAACGGGCGACGAAAGCGAUCGCGCCCCUCCCACCCGAGUCCUUCGGAAGACCCCGAACCGGAACCGCAACCGGACGGCGAAGACGAAUUCGGAGAAGAGAAGACGAGAAAGAGUAAACCGGCGCCUCUGAGUAAAUACCGCCGGAAGAACGCGAACGCCCGAGAGAGACACCGGAUGAAGGAGAUCAACGACGCGUUCGAGACGCUGAGACGCGCCAUCCCCCCGUUCCCGACCGACAACGGACGAGGGAACCUGACCAAGAUCACGACGUUGAGACUGGCCAUCAACUACAUCAAAGCGCUGAACGAAGUCCUUCAUUCCCCGCCGUCUUCUCUCUGCCUCUCCGUGCCCGAGGAGGAGCCUCCCCUCUCUCUCCAUUCCGCCGUCUCCCCGGUCGCAACGGCGGCGACGAACGCGACGACGACGAUCAAACUUCCCCCCGUGGAAAGUCUGUUUCUCGCCAAAUACCCGCCCUCGUCGAUGGACAAAGACGGCUCGAAUUCGGACCCGUUGUCUCUGUCAGUGUUCGACGACGACUCCAUCAUCCCGUCCUUGCCGAUGGACGAGUCGUCGUUCAACAUCCUCUUGGAAUCCGACGGAGAAAGCCUGGUAUUUGGCUCGGAUUUGAGUGACCAGGCCACGACUCCCUGA